AUAGUUAACAUUUUAUUUAACAAUACCUUUCAAAAAAACGACACGGAGUUGUCAACGGUUUUAAGAUACUGUUAUUUUUAAAUAUGUCCCAUGUCACAUGACCCAUAGACUCGACAACGGAAGAGAACUUUUCAAAGAAUCACGAGCCAGGCGGGAAAGUUGGUUAUUCGUUCUGACCAAUCAAUUCACUCGUGUAGCAACGCUGCUGCGGACUGUCUACAGCGGAGAGGGACGAGGAAACCAAUUUUAUACCCAAGGAGGUACUUCAGCGCAAACCAAGAACGAUGACUGGCUCGAACGAGUACAAACUGAACCAGGGCCCAGAGGACAGUAUCUCUGCUGUUAAGUUCAGCCCCAGUACAGGCCAGUUCCUUCUGGUGUCCUCUUGGGACUGUACUGUCCGGCUCUACGAUGUGGGAGGCAACUCCAUGAGGAUCAAGUAUUCACACCUGGCACCUGUGCUGGAUUGUGCUUUCUAUGACCCUACACAUGCUUGGAGCGGAGGCUUGGACACGCAGUUGAAAACCCACGACUUGAAUACAGAUCAAGAUACAAUAGUUGGGACACACGACGCCCCCAUUCGCUGUGUGGAAUACUGUCCAGAGGUCAACGUCAUGGUAACGGGUAGCUGGGACAGGUCAGUCAGGCUGUGGGAUCCUAGGACCCCCUGCAACGCUGGCACCUUCACACAACCUGAAAAGGUGUACACCCUCUCUGUGGCUGGUGACCGUCUGAUAGUGGGGACAGCAGGGAGAAGGGUGUUGGUCUGGGACCUGAGGAAUAUGGGUUAUGUCCAGCAGAGGAGAGAGUCCAGUCUGAAAUACCAGACACGAGCCAUCAGGGCCUUCCCUAACAAACAGGGCUAUGUCCUGAGCUCCAUAGAAGGACGUGUUGCUGUGGAGUACCUGGACCCCAGCCAAGAGGUGCAGAAGAAGAAGUAUGCCUUCAAGUGCCACCGUCUGAAGGAGAACGGGAUAGAACAGGUCUAUCCCGUCAACGCCAUCUCCUUCCACAGUGUUCACAACACCUUCGCCACAGGUGGUUCAGACGGCUUCGUGAACAUCUGGGAUCCUUUCAAUAAAAAGCGUCUGUGUCAGUUUCAUCGUUACCCCACGUCUAUCGCCUCCCUGGCCUUCAGUAACGACGGCUCUACGCUGGCCAUCGCCUCGUCCUACAUGCAAGAGCAGGGAGACAUCGGCCACCCUGAGGACACCAUCUUCAUCCGCCAGGUCACAGACGCAGAGACUAAGCCCAAGUGAGUCAGUCAGUCUAAUGUCUGAUUCACACAAUAGGGCCCCCCGAUCUGAUUCUGAACCUUGCUGUCUCGGGUAGUUUCUUUUCACGUUGUCUCCUUUCAGCGCUGUUAGCUACAGCAACCAUGAUACAGGAUCUACUGCAUGGUGGAUCCAGCCCAGUACAGCUCGGCUCGCUUUGGCUUGGCCCUAUAUAGUGUGAAGCAGACUCUCCAGUCCACAUCCCGGCGGUCUUCUCUGGAUUGCACCGCCACAAUGCCGCUCACACUUUUUUUGGUACAUAUGAAUGGCAGCAUUGACAAGGAGCAGGCAGCUGGUAUUUAUCUGGCCAUCUAGCUCUCUUUCUCUAGCUCUCUCUCCACCUUUUUCAAUAUCCCAUAGUUGACAGACCGAUGAGGACUUGACAAAAUGGCUGCCUCCUGAUCUGUUCUCUAGCUCUCUCUCCACCUUUUUCAAUAUCCCAUAGUUGACAGACCGAUGAGGACUUGACAAAAUGGCUGCCUCCUGAUCUGUUUAUGUAUCUGGAUGUGUGGAUCCAGGAGAGUCCUGAAGGAAGCUGAAUGGCUCCAUCUAUACAAUACAAAACAACCUUCGCUGACCUUUAUUCAGGUCAGUGAAGGUUGCCUAUAUUUUUAGGAUUAUUUUUAGGAUUACAUUAUUUUUUAUUUUUUUUACUGUGCCAAUCUAUUUGUACUUUAAAAAUUAAAUGUGUGCUUUAUUAACAAAUGUAAAAGGACUACACUCGUUUGUCUUCAGUUGUAUCUAGCCCCCACCCCUCAUAAUCUGGUGAAAUUAGGUUGUUGUAUCUAGCCCCCACCCCUCUAAUAAACUGGUGAAAUUAGGUUGUUGUAUCUAGCCCCCACCCCUCAUAAUCGUGUGAAAUUAGGUUGUUGUAUCUAGCCCCCACCCCUCUCAUAAUCUGGUGAAAUUAGGUUGUUGUAUCCUGCCCCCACCCCUCUCAUAAUCUGGUGAAAUUAGGUUGUUGUAUCCUGCCCCCACCCCUCUCAUAAUCUGGUGAAAUUAGGUUGUUGUAUCCUGCCCCCACCCCUCUCAUAAUCUGGUGAAAUUAGGUUGUUGUAUCUAGCCCCCACCCCUCUAAUAAACUGGUGAAAUUAGGUUGUUGUAUCUAGCCCCCCGCCCCUCUAAUAAUCUGGUGAAAUUAGGUUGUGUCUAGCCCCCACCCCUCUAAUAAACUGGUGAAAUUAGGUUGUUGCAUCACUCUUCUCAGACCAAUUGAAAAGGAAUACGUUUUUUUCUGUAACGACAUGACUAUUCAUUUGUCUAAAGAGUCGGAUAAAGACUAAAGACAAAAUCCAAUUAGUUGCAGGAAUGCAUUUUC